AUGGGGUGCCUGCAGAGCGUGGCCUGCAAGGCGCGGGUGCGCCGCGAGCAGAUCGUGGUGUCGGACGUGUCGGCCACCAUCGAGCCGGCGGCCACGGCCAUCGAGGAGAGCUCGCCGGUGGUGCUGCGGUACCGCACGCCCUAUUUCCGCGCCUCCGCCCGCGUCCUCAUGCCGCCCAUCGCCCGCCGGCACACCUGGGUGGUGGGCUGGAUCCAGGCCUGCAACCACAUGGAGUUCUACAACACCUACAGCGACCUGGGCGUGUCGAGCUGGGAGCUGCCUGACCUGCGGGAAGGACGAGUGAAAGCCAUCAGCGACUCGGAUGGGGUGAGCUACCCCUGGUACGGAAACACCACAGAAACCGUGACCCUGGUGGGGCCCACCAACAAGAUCUCCAGGUUCUCGGUGAGCAUGAACGACAACUUCUACCCCAGCGUGACGUGGGCCGUGCCCGUGAGCAACAGCAACGUGCCGCUGCUGACCAGGAUUAAAAGGGACCAGAGCUUCACCACGUGGCUCGUGGCCAUGAACACCACCACCAAGGAGAAGAUCAUCCUGCAGACCAUCAAGUGGAGGAUGCGCGUGGACAUUGAGGUGGACCCCAUGCAGCUGCUGGGGCAGCGGGCGCGGCUGGUGGGCAGGACUCAGCAGGAGCAGCCGCGGAUCCUCAGCAGGAUGGAGCCCAUCCCGCCCAACGCGCUCGUCAAGCCCAACGCCAACGAUGCCCAGGUGCUCAUGUGGAGACCCAAGCGAGGGCAGCCCAUCGUGGUGAUACCUCCCAAGUAGGGCGUGCAGCCGAGCCCCUGGCUGCGCACGGACAGGGCUGCCCAGCCAAAGCUCACCUCUGGGCUCUCCUGCCUUUCUUGUUGUGCUUGGAAACGUGGCUCCUCCUCGGGCACAAGUAGAGCCUGGCUGGCACAAGGGCGCAGAAGAGGGUUUGCCGAGCUGGAGGAUUUCCCGGGAAGCGGAACGGAGUGCUUGCAGCUGGCACAAAGGACUCGUCUUUCCUUGCGGGGCAGCACGAGCAGCAUGAGUGUGGUUGAACCGUGCCCGUGGCAGAUGCUGCUUCCCACGCAGCCAGAGGGAGAAGCAGAGGCUGUUCCUGUCCCCGCGUCCCUGCCGUGUCCGUAGCUAUGCAUUUCGGAUCCGUGAUCCCCCCAUGCCCGCCCGCCUCCCGCAGUGGGGUGGGACCUGGCGGUGCUGGGGGCGGGCCAGAGCCCGGUGCCACGGCCCGGGAGGGGUUUCUGCAGCCCGGGGGCAGCGGGACACGUUUUGCAUGCGUCUGGGUGUGUUUGGAGUAGUUGUGAGUGUAGGAGAUGCCAUAGCUCUUUUCCGUCUUGGGGUGAGGUGUAAGGGCAGGUUAGAUGUCCUUUUGUUGUGAGGUGCACUAAGUCUUUGCAUCCCUCAGCCUCCCUUCUCUUUGGGGAGCAGGAGGAUUGUCAGCCCAGUCCGGGUGGGAAUGGGGGCAGUGCCAUUCUCCCAGCCCGGGUGCUCUGGGUGUGUGGGGUGCCCAGACCAGCCCAGAGGCACCUCUGGACUCGCUUUGCUUCACCGCAGACCCCCUCCCUUGCUAGAAGUCGGGUGCUCGCUCAUUUUCCACGCAGAUGCUGCCUCACGUGGAGGCCUCUCCCAGCCUCCCAUGGAGCAGGGUGGCUGCUGGCUGGGCCACCAGUGCACGCUUUGUGGUACCUCCCCAAGCCCUGUGCGAGGCAGGGGUGUGAGUGGAGGCCGUUCAGGGCAGGCCUGGGUUAGCCGGGGAAGGAGGAGCUGAAUGUGCUGCCUGGGGCUGCCUCCUGCUGCUGCCGCUGUGCUCGGAGGGGUCACAGGGGGAUUUAUUUGCCUUCCUCCUCCCUCCUUGCUGCCUGGAUGGCUGGCACUGGCUGCUCCGUGGGGCAGCACGCUGCUGUGGGAUGCAGCUGGCAGUUCCCAGGAUCUCACCCUGGAGCUGCAGCAGAGGCAUAAACCACGGCUGUGCUGCUGCUGCUCCGGGUGCUCCGUCACUCCUGGGCAGGUGCUCACAGCUUUUGCUGCUUUCUCUGCUCUGCCCUCCCUGGCACGAGCCCUGCAGCUCCUCCAGCUCGCAGCCCUGCCUUCCUCACACUGCAGGGAGGCUGUGCUGCCCUGGGGAUGCAGGUCAUUCCUGCUGGAAGGUCCCUGUGCCAUCCCGCUGGCAGUGCUGGGUGACACUUCCCUGCACCCGGGCCCUGCCAGCACAGGGGCUCCCGAGGCAUCUUAGACCAAAAAUCCCUGUGAAAUCCCCCUGCUGUUUAUUGCCCUCAGUAGUGUUUGCUGCUGAUCCAGUUCUUUAUUUAUUAUUUUUCCUCUGGGAGCGUUUCCUUUGGACGCCCUGGUGCAGCAAUUCCGUGUGCCGGGGCUGGUGCUCCCGCUGGGCUGGGAUCCUGCUGCUUUCUGUGCCUGGGUGGGUUCUGCAGGGGGCAGGCUUGGAGGGAGACAGGGCUUUGAGCUUUGGUUUGCUGUGUUUUCUGCAGCAGAGCUCCCACAGGGAGCUGGUGGUGUGGGAAGAUGUCCUGCUCUUGUGAGACUGUGGUUUUGUCCUGGUGUGGGACCGAUGGCAGCUCGUGCCAUCGCUGGUGUUUUGUUUUUCAAAAAGUGUGUGUGGAGAGGGGUUAGAAACUUGAAAUACAAUUUUCCUUAAGGACUGGGGGAGGAGGGGUAAGUACCUUUUUGGUUUGAAGUAAGGCAGGUGUAUACUUUUGACCCAGGGGGACAGAAACAUCUCUGGCAGCAUCAGAGCUGAAACGCCAGAGGAAGGGUGG